AUGCGCUCCUUGUUGCUAGUACGCCUGAUCAUACCCUGUAAGGAUGCUGCCUCUAACAUUAAUCAGAGAUGUUAUGACGACGAAGCGCUGCUACGCUAUGCGUUUGGAAGAAUGAGAGAAGAGGAAGAUGAUUUCAUAUACAUGGGCAAAGCCUUUCUAUCUCUACUUGCAUCUGUGGAGAACGAGUGGAACCUAGAAGAUCCCUGGUCUCGUCUUCCGAUAAGCAAUCCAACAUUGAAAUAUCAUUUGACAGAAAGAAUGCUCACGAGCCUCCGCUGUGCUGAGGCGAUUGAGUUCGACUCUAUCGUCGACCCUGUCAAACUGCGGAUAGCACGAAUGCUUCUUCACCACUAUGUUGAGCAAUUGGGCAUUAAACUCAAGAAAGACCGGAAAUCGUGCAACCUUUCCCCAGGAAAAGGGGUCGCUAGCGUAGCGAAAGAAGUUGUCUUAGAAACGAUAUAUGGCUGCCAUAAGAACACUCUCACUCCAGAAAUAAGAAAAAAACACGAAAACACAACGAUCCUAGUAAGCUAG